AUGGCCUCAACCAUUUCAACUGAUUUCGAUUGUGCAAAUAUUGAGUGGAACGACUCUCGACGAGUUUCAGCAAAAUCCAUAAUCGAUCGCGAUAUUCAUCGAUUUAAUUAUCGUUGCUUUACCUGUAAUUUCUAUUCUCGUCAUUGUCUCGAAUAUCAACCAUGUGUCGACAACGAAGCUCGUCGUAGACGGAGAGUGGAUAAGAUGGAUAAUGAUUUACUCUAUUUGAAAAGUUCAACGGAAUAUAUUCGAGAUAGUUUCCAAGAAUAUCAAAUUCGACUCUUUGGAGUAUUGGUUAUAGAUCGAUCGUUGGUGAUGAAAAUUUUGAUUUUAGCUGUUUCCGUCGCCUUCUCGAAAAUGUUCAAGUUACUUGAGGAAAAAGUGAUCGCAGAACACAAGAACGUGGAAUGCAAAUGUGGAUAA